UCCCUCCCCUACCCUGAGAGCAAACCAGGAAGGGAGUUCACGGCAUCAUACGGGGCUUUGCAUCUACUGUUACAGUAGGGGCAGGAACAGCAGAGAGGAGAGGAGAGGAGAGAGAGGGAGAGGAAAAGAGAGAGAAAAGGAGGGAGGCAGGCAGGCCGGACGGGCAGAAGCUGCUCAGGAAUUGACUCCACAAACUCCAGGCGCCCCCCCUUUCCUCCUCCUCUUCCUGCCCCCCCCCCACACCUUCAGGACCAACAAGCCCCCUGGUGUCAGCAUGGAGGGCGGUGUGGACGGCCCCAUCGGAAUCCCCUUCCCCGACCACAGCAGCGACAUCUUGAGCAGCCUGAACGAGCAACGGAACCACGGCUUGCUCUGCGACGUGGUUAUCCUGGUGGACGGGCAGGAGUUCCCCACGCACCGCUCGGUCCUGGCGGCCUGCAGCCAGUACUUCAAGAAGCUCUUCACCUCAGGGCUGGUGGUCGACCAGCAGAACGUGUACGAGAUAGACUUUGUGAGCGCCGAGGCCCUCUCGUCCCUGCUGGAGUUCGCCUACACGGCCACCCUCACCGUCAGCACUUCGAACGUGGGCGAGAUCCUCAACGCCGCCACGCUGCUAGAGAUCCAGGCGGUCAGGGACGUUUGCACGGAUCUGCUGGACAGGAAGAUUCUGGCCAAGAACGACCAGAUGGACACAGUAGAUCAAAUUGAUCAAAGGAACCAUCUCAGAGCGAAAGAAUACCUGGAGUUUUUUCAGAGCAACCCCAUCAACGGGCAGCAGGGCACGUACCAGUGGACCAACCCGGACUUGAGGGACCUUCAGCGACUCGGCUUUCGGGGCCCGGAGGUCAAGGAGGAGCCGGACUGCAACGGCUUGGACUUCUACACUCAGGCCGCCCUCAGCGACAGACCAAAGGCGAACGACGGCGACCCCGACGGCAAGAUGUGGCUGGACACCGAAGAGGCCAAGGCGGCCGCCGCCCAGGGACCCUUGUUCCCCGCCUCGCAGAACGGACAGUACGGCGGGCACGGCCUGGCCACGGUGCCCGGGGAGGACGAGGCGGCGGCUCAACUGGACCAGCAGGAGGCGGGGGGCUCCCCCGCCUUCGUCCCCGGGGAGGGCGAGGAGGCGGACCCCCGGGAGGUGGACGGCCUGGCCGCCAGCACCCUCCUACAGCGGAUGAUCAAUUCCGUGGAGCGGCAGCAGCUGGCCGAGGACGACCGCAAAGACGACGACGGAGUCAUGGAUUAUUACUUGAAAUACUUUAGCACUUCCCAAGAGGGGGGCGAGUACCCGUCCUGGUCCCACAAGUCGGAGAAGAAGAUCCGGGCGAAAGCAUUCCAGAAGUGCCCCAUCUGCGAGAAGGUGAUCCAAGGGGCGGGCAAGCUCCCUCGCCACAUCCGGACCCACACGGGAGAGAAGCCGUAUGAAUGUAACAUUUGCAAAGUUCGGUUUACGAGGCAGGACAAGUUGAAGGUUCACAUGAGGAAGCACACCGGCGAGAAGCCCUACCUUUGUCAGCAGUGUGGGGCGGCGUUUGCCCACAACUACGACCUGAAGAACCACAUGCGCGUCCACACGGGCCUGCGCCCCUACCAGUGCGAGAGCUGCUUCAAGACUUUCGUCCGCUCCGACCACUUGCACCGGCACCUUAAGAAGGAUGGCUGCAACGGCAUCCCUUCCCGGAGGGGGCGCAAGCCCCGCGUGAGAGAUGCCUCCGCGCCCCCCGCCACCCCGGCUUCCAACCCCGACGACGGGAGCCUGGCGGGCGGAGAGGAGGCCCACGAAACGCAGGAUGCGACUGCGCCGCAGGACGGCUUAGAACAGCACUUUGACGGGAGUUCCAGCGCCAACGCGGCGUCGGGGGUUUGAAUGUAGGGGGGGCGAAGUCCGAGGGCGAAACGGAAGAACUCUCCUAAAAAAAAAAACCAACCAAAAAAAAACCCCGAAACGAGAAAAAAAAAAAAGGUGUCACAAAAUCUAGUUAUAACUUUUCCUCCAGUUCCUCUUUUAAAAUAUGGGUUUCCUCGCUCUUUUUUGGGGGGGCGAGGAAAAGAAUAGCCUUAUAAGAAGUCUAUAAUAUAUAUAUAUAUAUCUUGUUUGUGAUCUUCCCCAUAAUAAUAGGCAGUUCGUUGUACCCCUCUCGUUAGCCGCAGAUUAAUUUUUAAGGUUUUUUUGUUUUUUUUCCUGCCCUUGGGGGUGGGGGAAAAGAGGUGUUUAGAGGAAAGUUUUGGAAACCAGGUUGGAGGGGGAAAGAGAGGGGGUCUAUUAAAUACGAGACGAAGCUUCCAGAGUUUUUAGUUUGUUAAACGUUUUAAAACUUAUACAUAUAUAUAUGUGUAUAUAUAAAUAUAUAUUAUAUUGGAGAUUUUAUCUAUUUUAGCAAGCGUAAUGUUCCAAAGGAACAAAAAAAGCAGGGAGAUAAGUUGUGUUGGUGGCUUGAGGAAUCAAUGAAUUGGUGGGGUGGGGGGGAACUUCCUUCCUCUUCCUCUCCCCUCCCCCCACCCCUCCCACCCCCAUCCUGAAGGUGCUCAUUUCAGAUAAUGCCCAUGGAGGUUUUAAGUUUUCUCAAGGGUUUUGUUUUGUAGCAGGGUGGCAAAUGACCUUUCAGCCUCUGGGUUCCUGGCGCUGUCUAAAUGCAAAUCUUGGGCCACUGACUCUCCGUACGAGUCUUAGAAGACUUUUUUGGGGGGGGUCACGCUCCUGAUUUUUCCAUCGCAAGAUCUUGAGGAGUCCCAUAAAUCCGUCCUUGCAAAUCGACGGAGGUGGACUUCCUGCGCUGCAAAUUCUGGCCGAUUCAAAUUUUAUUUUUUCAAAAGGCUCGCGGAUUUUAAAAUAAUCCGUUCGCCGUUCCUGCCAACCCCCUGGUCAUGAAAGGGGUGGGGUGAGGAGGCUGCGCCGGCAGCCCCCCACCCAAGGGCGCCAAGUCUAGAAUUCACCUACAUCGGUAGGUGUCGAAAUUAUCUUGCCGGCAGCAUAGAAUCGUGCGGUCCCAGCGCUUAGCUUGCAAACCGCAGUUCUCAAACCAGCGGAAGGGAAUUUCUCCAGUAUCUGCUGGUUUGAGGCUAUCCCCAGCCCUUAUCGGCUCGCCUAUUUUGAAUCAUUCAUCUGGUCCACGUUCAAUUUGGCUUCUGUUAAAGAUCUCCCCCCCAGCAUUUGAGUUGUCAAUUGGCCGGACUCUGCCGGAGGGUCUUAUCCAACCUGUGAACAACUUUUGUCGAUUAAAAGUUUGCUACUUAGCAUUGCUCCAGCGGCGUCAUGUGUGCCCUGCGGAAUAAAACCAAAUUUUGUUCGCGAAUAAAGUAAGUUGCUGCACAGAGAAGCGUUAGGCUUUCUCUACUCAGGGCUGAACCCAUUUAAAUUGAGGGUCAUGUCUAACUCGGGCUCAUUAAUUUCUACUCGUGAGUAGAAUUUGGCUGGAAACAACCCUUUGGGGUUCAGCAAUUGGCUGUUGCAGUCCUUAAACACAGCACUGUGCCUCUUCCACAUUGCAUAUUGCAUAUUUAAGGGCAUAUUGUAAGUAGACCUUACGUUUUGCAGGCAGGAAGUUGCCCCACACGGUCCGACUUUCUAAAAAUUCCCCUCUCCCCUGCGUGCUGACCAGGUUCCAGCCUCGAUCAUAAAUCACCCUUUGCGGGAAACCUGAGUUCCAGUAACGCAAGGAUUUUGGCGGCUAGGCAGUCGUGGGAAUGCUCUGUUUUGAGUGCAGAAAACCUGGAGCUAUUGCACCUUGACUUAAAAGCUUCCCGGCUAAAAAGAACAGGACUCUUUUAAAAGGGUUGCGGGAGCUUGCGGUGCCUUUAGCCUCUUUGCAGGGGUUGCAUUUUUGAGCACCUCAGGCUGGGGGGCGCCCUCCCUUCCCACCCCACAGCGCUCUUGCCAAGAGUUCUCAUGGGGGGGCUUGCUGGCAGAAGGGCAAAAUAGGCAUUGGGGGUGGGAUUUGCAAGGAGCAGCCAUGAAACUGAGUUGGCGGCGAUGCUAUAGACCCGGGCAGCCUCUGUGUCCACAGCCCCCCUCCCAUUUUUUAUCCAGUGGGGUGCAGUUCCCUGUGCCCCCUCCCACCUUUCACUCCCCAGUCCUCCUACCCCUUUUGGUACUAUAGAAAUAUAUAUGCCUAGCACAAAAAAAUCAAGCCACUGAAAUGAAAUUGUGGGUUAUUCAAGUCGGGUCCCAUCUUCCAGUUUACGCCCCCUGAGUUACUGAGAUUUUACGGAGCCUCAUUUAAAAAAAUUGAAAAAGGGGGUAUUGGUUUGGACCAAGGCAAGGUUUGUGGUCCAAGCUGUUUUCUGCGGUGACCCACCGAAUCCUGUUUCCCCGACCAGAAUAAAAAAGCGUUCUUGAUAACGCAGUGGCUGUUCUAUCAGGUUUAUCAGAAAAAGGACCCUCUUAAGCUAAGAAACCAAGGACACCUUUUUAUCCAUUUCAGAAUUUUCUAAAUGCACAGUUUAAAAAAAAUGAUUCUAAAAGAGAGAUUUAAGUCGUCUUUUUUUUUUUUUUUUGCAAGCACUUUUAAAGAUUUUUCGUUUAAUUUAAAUAUGAGAGAACAGGUGAACCAUUUUGCCGAAUGUAACCAAACAGGGGAGUGAGUGUGUGUGUUUGUUUGUUUGUGACGGGAAAGUGUGAGGGGGAAGAACAAAGAAAAAUAAAAUGGGUUGGGUGGGUGGACGCGGAUGUUUUAUUUAAUAUAGAAAAAAAAGCAAUAAAAAAAACCCCCACACACAAAAAAAAAGAUUAGAAACUUAAGAAGUCUUAGCACUUUGAAACGGAACGGGUACUUUGAAAUCACUUUAUCUUAAUUUAAAAGAAAUAUAUAUAUCUAUAUAUAUAUAUAUAUAAGAAAGAAACGAAUAUGUUUACACGUCGAAACCAUCUUCUACAGAAAGAAAUUUAUUGUUGUUUGUUGUUUUUAUUAAAAUAAUUCCUAAAAUUGAAUUUAUUUUUGUAAGAGAAAAAAAACAAAACAAAUGUAUAUAUCUAUCUAUAUCUUAUCUAUAUAUUUGAGAGAAAGAAAGAGAGAGAGAGACUUAAAAUGAAAUCCACCAUUUUGGUUCGUGGAUUGAGACCAGGAGCAAAGCGAAACGUAGAAAAUUAAAAUAAAACCGGGAGGACUGGAGUUAAUUAGAUUCUGUGACACAGCAAAAUUUAGAGGAAUAAAGUAGCCCUCGGAAGUGAUUUGCACUUCGGGGAAAAAACACAAAAUACAAAAAUGGAAGCUUGAAUUUUUAGGCAGGAAUCAUUGGGUUAUUUUGUGUAUGGUUUCUCCGCCCUCGUUUAUUUUUAUUUUUUCCUUUUUAUGUCUUAUUGCCAGUGCUGGCCUGUCCGUUUUCUAAUUGGUUUCCCCCUCAUCCGGCCACAACCAUCAUUUCCAAGACCACCUCCCUCAAGAAAGGAGAUUUCGAGACCUUGGUUCCCACCGACCUCCCGCCCCAAAAUCUGUUUUCAAUUGGGUUUCGAGGGCUCCAUUCGAUGGGGACUUCGCAGCUUGGCUCGUAUUUGUGCCGGCUUUCCUUCCAAACGCUUCGCCCCCAUCUCUUGCACAAACACCCCCAAAAACACCCCUCCAAAUUGAAAAUAUUCUGUAUUGUUUUUAACACUCGAUUGGGAGCCGCCUAGAGUGUCUGGGGAAACCCAGCCAGAUGGGCAGGGUAUAAAUAAUAUUUUUUAUUAUUUUAACAACAAGGAGCUUUUAAGGGCGGUUUGGAUUCCAAAUUUGAUGUCCGGUUUCAUUUGCCGUUCCUCAACUCUCGCCCCCCAAGUGCUUUGGGUCAGCGUCGCUCAUCCCUCCUUGGGAAAACAGGGCUCAGAGUUUAACGCUUCAAAGUUGAUCAAGACCCAAGCGAAUUGAGGGAUGCAGAAUGGGGAGGAAAAGCCCAUUUUCCCACGGUAUAUGUGUGGAGGUGAGCCUGGUUUUCGGGACCCAGAGAACAGAUCUCCACUUCCCCAGUCCAGGGGGGGGGAGCCAAUUUGGGAGCCGGCAGGAAAAGUCUGGUUGGGAAACAGUGGCGAAAGAUACCCAAAAGCUGGUUAUCGGAAGGCAAUCUGUGCACAACAGCUUCCAUCUUGGUUUUUGUAGUUUGGGACUGGGUUUUUAUUUUAUUUUUGCAAAGCCCUCAAAAAAAUUGAAUUGGCAGCAGAUUCAUUUUAAACCUUCCGUAACAACUCUUGCAAACGGGGAGGGAAAAAACUUUCCAAGGGUCUGUUUCUACUUUAAAACAAAACCCUGCAAAUCAAAUGGCUUAAAAAAAAAUAAUCGGCAAAUUUGGUGGACAAACGCCGCUUUGGGAUCUUUCCAUCAUUUUUAUGGAUCCGGCCCAUUCAAAGCAAAUUGGAGGAGGUCCUGGCACUUGGAUGGUUGUGGCCUCCAUCACCGACACCCCCCCAAAAAAUAUCUCUCUUCCAUAGAGAACCUCGGCUUAGCACUGACUUAAAAAACGAUUGCAUAUGCAAAAAUUAGCGUGGACUUUGUAAAUAGAUAGAUACAUGAGAUUCUUUAUUGUAAUCAAAAGUUGUGGUAUCUCUACCAGUUUGUUUUACACCUCCUUGUUUCCAUGACUGUUUAUGUUUUGUGUGUAUUUCCCCCCCCCCAUCUAUCUCCCCCCUCCCAUCCAAAAUCUCUCCCCCCCCACUUUUCAAGCCACCUAACAACCAAACAAUAUCCAAUAUUCCAGAGCUCCAUCAGUCAGUUUCUUUAUUUUUCUCUCUCUCUCUCUUCAAAGUCAGGGUGUUUUCAAACCGUAGGAACAGGGUGGGUUUUGUUCUUUGGGGUUUAAUUUUUUUUAUUAUUUUGGGACACCUAAGAAAUAGCAGCCAAAUCCCUCUCUCUCCCCCCCCCCAACGCCUUGUUUUUUAAUCCCGACGGGGCCCUGUCCUGCCAGAAAUUGGCAGAAGACCAGGUGGAAUUCCAAAAUCUGUGUCCAGUCCCCGUGAGCAUUUGAGGUUGAGGCUCCGUGCAGAACGGGGGACCCCUUUGCUGUGUGCUCCCCCCAAGUUAGCCUUUGCACAAACUGCUAUUGCUGGCUUGGGCCCGAGGAGACGCCACAAUAUUUUAUUUUAUUUUUGCUUGGCCAGCAUCCCUGUGCAAUACCUUCCUGUGCAUGACCCUCUUCGUAUCCCUCUCACCUCCUCCAUCUCAAGAAUUCCCUCCCCUAGUCCAUUUCAGUCUCUGCAGAGCUUCAGCCGGGAGGGGGCCACCACCACCUAAGGCCACGUCCCCGAUGCUUGACCAGCGGCCGCCACCCCCUCUUUCCCAAGGAGUCCUGCGAACUGUACGUAGUUCUGCGUUAGGGGAAGGGCUAAGAAGGGGGAGGGUUGGGGAUAUCUCUCGAGGGAGAGUUCUCGGCGCCCUCGCCCAAACUACAGUUCCCAGGACCCUUCGGAAAGAAAGCGUGGCCGUCGCGGCGGAACCCGUUGGCUGGUUUCGCCGCGUAUAUACUUGUGUCCUGAUCCCAUUUAUUUUAUUUUUAUUUUUCGUUUUCCUGAGCAGAGAUACCGCACCUUCUUUGUUAGAUGAACUUCCGCGCCGCACGGCCCUCGAAGGGGUCAGGGGCGCGGAACGGGGUCCGAUGUUCGUUGCUUGGUGUGGAGUCUAAGCUUCGAGCAGGAGUGCUGGCAACACUUUAACACAAGCCUUUUAAGCGUUUGCACUAAAAAUAAAAAGAGAGAGAGAAAAAAAAAACGAGAGAGAGAAAAUUAUGUACCUUCUCCGCGUAGGGAGGCCUUGACCUCUGAAUACAGUUUGCCUUAACCUUCUUAUUCCUUCUUUGUACAAGUGAUCACAAACACACACACACAAAAAGGACAUCUCUUCGCAUGCAAAGUUCCUCUUCCUCGAAUCACAUACUGUAUAUAAGGUGUUCGAUUUUUUUUUUUU